AGCAGCAUCAUGUUCAGGAGCAAAGACCCGGAGAAGUUUCACCUGAUGACCGAACCGAAGAGCUGCUACUCAGCUGGAAGCGGGUCGAACCACGAGGCGCCGCAGAAAGAUGGCGACGUCAAGCAUUGCCAUGACAACAGCCAUGCCCAGGAGGACCGAGAGGCGGAGAAGCGGUCGGCCAGGAAGAGGCUCUACCUGGUGUCUGUGAUCUGCCUGGUCUUCAUGAUCGGAGAGAUCAUCGGUGGGUACCUGGCCGGCAGCCUGGCCGUAAUGACCGAUGCCGCUCACCUACUGGCGGAUCUGACCAGCUUCAUCAUCAGCCUGCUGUCGCUGUGGCUGUCCUCCAGACCGGCCACACACAGACUCAGCUUCGGCUGGCACCGAGCAGAGAUCCUGGGAGCGCUGCUGUCCGUCUUCACCAUCUGGCUGGUCACAGGUGUGCUGGUGUACCUGGCCGUGGAGCGCCUGAUCCACAAAGACUUCACCAUCGAGGGCCACAUCAUGCUCAUUACGUCCGGCUGCGCUGUGGCAGCGAACAUCAUCAUGGCGGUGACUCUUCACCAGACGGGUCACGGCCACAGUCACGGAGGUCUCGGCUCCGGAGCGCACAAGAACCACGACGAGGGCAGCGACCUGGAGAGCAACCAGGACGACCACGGUCGGAGUACUCGGCAGGCCAACGCCAGCGUCCGAGCAGCGUUUGUUCACGUCAUUGGAGAUCUGCUGCAGAGCGUCAGCGUGCUCAUCAGCGCCAUCAUCAUCUUCUUCAAGCCUGAGUAUAAGAUCGCUGAUCCCAUCUGCACCUUCCUGUUCUCCAUCCUGGUCCUCUGCACCACCGCCACCAUCAUCAAGGAGAUCCUGAUUGUCCUGAUGGAGGGAACUCCAUCGGGGGUGAAGUACAAGGAGGUCAGAGACGGUCUGCUGGCAGUUAAAGGAGUCACAGCUGUUCACAACCUGCACAUCUGGGCUCUGACCGUGAACCAGGCGGUUCUGUCUGCACACGUCGCCAUCGAUGAGUCCGUCGACGCUCAGACCGUCCUCAGAGAAAUGACCCAGGCCUGUUUCUCUUCCUACAACUUCCACUCGGUCACCAUCCAGAUGGAGCGGCAGGCCGACCUGAAGCCCGGAUGUUCUCUGUGUGAGAACCCAGAGAAGUAGAACCUCCAGAGGUUCUGCUCUGUUGCUGUUUCACUGUGAACGAAGCUAGAAACCACCAGGAGCUCAACUUGUUUGUGACGUUUUAUCUGCUUUAUUUUUGAUUUGUUUCUGGAUUUUAAAUGUAUUUGCUGUGAACUCAUAAAU